ACACAGGCUAUACGUAUAUUCGAAUCAGCUGCAUACACACAGGUUUCGAGCAUAUAUAUGUAUAGAUGCAUCGUAAACGUACGUGCAGUUAUAUAUAUAUAUACACGUAGCAUAGCUAUACGUGUAUAGCGUCUACUCGUCGCUAGAUGAGAGACGAUAAAAACCGUCAGUUUAUCAUCCGGCAGCUGCUCUAGUGGCAGCGUUUUCCGCUUUCUUUUUCCGCUGGAUUUCUUCGAACUUGACCUCGAGUGCAGCUACUGUCUGUGUGUGUGUGUGUGUGUGUUUCUUUUCUUUCUGUAUACACAGAUUGUUGCAGAUAAUUUCUUAAGGUGACACACAAUGGGAGUGCAGUCGAUCAUUGGCCCGAUAAUCCACUGCGAUGAGAGCGGAGAUCUGGUUAUUCACGAGAACGUUCAAAUAGACAUCAGAGAUGGAAAGAUAGAAAACGUCCAUUUGAAUCCAGACACGAAUAACGUGCACAAAAGCAACGUGAAACGAUUGGAGAAUGGUCAGUUUUUAAUUCCUGGCUUGAUCGAUGGACACAUCCAUGCUGUUCAGCUGCCAAAUUUGGGUUUGGGCUACGACAAACCCUUACUCGACUGGCUAUCAACCUACACAUUUCCUCUUGAAAAGAAAUACGAGGACGCAAAAUUUGCUGACAGAGUCUUUGAUGCUGUUGUGAAAAGGACAUUGAAAAUGGGAACCACUACAGCCUGUUAUUAUGCCUCUUUACACGGGAAAGCAUCACUGAUUCUUGCAGAAAAAGCUGCCAUACAUGGACAACGAGCCCUGGUUGGCAAAGUCAAUAUGAACAAUUGCCCAGCUGAAGACUACUGCGAAAGUAGUCAGGAUGCUUCUAUUCAAGAUACAGAAAAGUUCAUAGAAGAAGUAGACAAUAUUAAUAAUCCCUUGGUACGACCAAUAAUCACACCAAGGUUUGCAUUGAGCUGUAGUUUAGAAUUAAUGAAAAAUUUGGCUCAGUUGGCAAGGACAAAGAAUCUCCAUGUACAAACGCAUAUAUCAGAAAACAAGGAAGAAAUCCAAGCUGUAAAAGAUAUUUUUCCAGAGUUUUCAUCGUAUGCCGAGGUGUAUGAUGCAGCAGGUCUGCUGACAAAAAAGACAGUAUUAGCCCAUGGCAUUUAUUUAAGUGAUAAUGAACUGAAUAUAAUUCAUGACAGAAAAUCUGCUGUGAUCCAUUGCCCAUCUUCAAACACAUGUCUGAAGAGUGGACUUUGUGAUGUGCGCAGAUUGCAAGCAGCUAAUGUUAAAGUUGGACUAGGAACAGAUGUUUCCGGAGGUAAUUUGCCAUCUAUAUUAGAUGUUAUGCGAGCAGCUCUCCAAGUUUCAACACAUUUAUCACUUGAAAAACCAGGCUAUGAUCCACUUAAUUACAAAGAUGUUUUUUAUUUGGGUACUCUUGGAGGUGCUGAAGCUUUAGAUAUGAAUGACAAAGUUGGAAAUUUCAAACCUGGAAAGGAAUUUGAUGCUCUUGUUAUUGAUUUAGCUGCACCAAACAGUGUGCUUGACAAUUUACAAGAGUACACUCUUGAUGAGAAAUUACAGAGACUGAUAUACUCUGGUGAUGAUCGAAAUGUAGUAGAAGUCUAUGUUUCAGGUCAUCGCGUUAUGUAAAAUCUCAAAAUGUAUUUUAAAAACGAUUUAAAUCUAGGCCUUAAAAUAUAAGAAGACUUUUUUAAAAACUCAUAUUUCAGAAAAUAAAGAAUUUAUUCAUAAAAA